AUGGGUAGUCGUUUUGGUAGAAUUCGAGCAGCAACCGAUCCGUUCUACACUCCUGUGCCACCUCCAACAGCCUAUCAAACGGUUUAUGAUCCAAGUGGUGGACUGGGCGCGUACGAUCCUUCUGGAGGUUACGAAUAUGUACCCACUCGGACGAUGGGCAAUUUAUACAGGGGUUCUGUCGUACCUCAACCAUCGAGAUACGGCGGAUUAUAUGCUCAAGGUUUAAAUCAAAUACCUGGUGCUCCUCCCUGGAAUUAUGGAAACUAUUAUUUGGGUAAUACGACAAUGCAGAUGAUGCCCAAUAUGGUGGCAAAUUUCUACUGUGUGCCGCAAUCGAGCAAUAUGCCAUCGAUGCCUUGCUGUAUGCCACAGUCAUAUAGUAUGCCAAUGAAUGCGCCAAUGGUAGCUGCCGCAACGGCUUUACCUAUUGCAUUCAAUCCCUUAGUUCAAGGUAUGUAUCCGUCGGCAUCGAUGAAUCCUGUUAAUUGGAUGACUCCGAGUUCGUUUAUGUCCGCAUUGACUAGUGGCCCUAUGCCUUAUCGUCCUCCAGCAUAUCAAUUUCCCAGCAACGUCGGUAUGGUGAUGACCAUACCCUAUGGCACACCAAAUCCGUUAAUUUCAGCGCCAGCAUAUAACAUGCGUACUCCUUCGUAUAGCUAUGCCCCUCAAUCGUCUUGCUGUUCUUAUUACCAAUGCUGUCCACCAUCUUCGCCAUCAGCUAUGUCUCCACCAGUAACUUAUUACCCGCACCCUGUUAGUGUACCCCAACAGUAUCCUGUUCCAUAUGCAGCUCCUUUUCCCAUUCCCAACAUACAGCAAGUACCAGUCGUCCGACCUAUACCUGUCAUUGCUCCACCUGUCGUAGCUAAUAUUCAACAACCAUUACCUCUUCCCUAUACAGAAGCUCUACAACCAUCGCAGGGAGCGUACACAAACGGUGUCAUUGCUCAGCCUACAGUAUUGACGUCCCAUUACGAUGCGAGUCAAAACUUAUCCACGUUCAAUGAAUCGACGAGAGGCACAUUGCCAGUUUACAAUCCAUCGGAUCGGUCAAACUCUUUGAUUGGCCAACCGAUUCUAUCAAGUUUUUCCAGUAUUUCGUCGGAUCGUUAUCGUCGCUAUCUGCCAUCAAUACCUCGCUCAUCUUUUACUCACAAUGAUAUAUAUUCAACUAUGCCACGAAGUGAUCCAAUCAUUCCUCCUAUUCUCUAUGGAGAAUUGAUUUCAGAUUCUGGAUGGUUGCCGAAGGAUACUGAGCUUCCAAUGUAUCCAGCAAUAUUGGGCAAAAAGAAGCAUAAAAAGCGACCAUCGUUCGGAAAUGAAACUUUUAAACCGUUGACAAACACAAACAGCCAUCGUGUUUCAUUUCUUACGCGCCGACGUCGCCAUCACUCUGGCUCAUCAGCAUCAGAAUACGAUUGUACCAUCUGCCAAGAGCAACGCGGAAAAAGUCGUCUUCGUAAAUACUAUGGUUCAUCCACACUAUCCUCGUUAUUAUCAUCAGCAAAAAACGCCGGUCACCGUUUGCUUUCGUCAAACGAUUCCGUUCCGUCGUCUGCACUCUAUUCUCCGCCAACAUUAGAAAAAGAGGAUUACAAGAGUCAUACGCGUAAUUCAAUAAGUAAACGAUCGAAGAAAAAAUCAUCGUCAUCAGAUCGAUCAACUUCACCCAUCUUACUCCGGAAGUCAUCGUUGCGAAACUCGCGACAAAACAUGACCAUACAUGAAGUUGACGAAGAACAAGAGCAAGAACAAGAACAAGAAAAGCCGGAAACAAAACUAUCCGAUGACAAUGAUUCGAGCUUAGAAAAAUCAGAGCAGCAAACAUCGCAAAUCAGCCUCUUAUCGAAGGAUGAAUAA